UUAAACGUUACCAGCUAACCCUUACCGUGUGUGUUUGCGCGGCUCUCCUAAAAGUUGGGUUGUUUAUUUACUUUAGAAAUAUGGAGCACAUUAUCGACGAGCCAACAACGUUGUAUUUUUAUAAAAACAGGCUUUUAACCUUUAAUGGUUGGCCAUUUGAGGAAGACUGUGUUUGUACUCCGGAGAACAUGGCUAAAGCAGGAUUCAUUCACGUGCCCUCUGAGAACAGUCCUGACAUAGCGCAGUGCUUCUUUUGUCUCAAGGAGCUGGAGGGCUGGGAACCAGAAGAUGAUCCUGAAAAGGAGCAUAAAGCACAUUCUCCAAGCUGCAAUUUUAUUACAUUAAAGAAGUCUGUGGAGAGUCUGACUGUGGAGGAGUUUCUCAGGCUUCAGAAAGAGAGGCAGAAAUUUAUUAUUAAAAAGGUUUGCGGCCAAGCAAUUGACAAAUUUGAAGAAGCUGUGAAAUUAAAAAGGGGACAGAUCAUCCAGUCUGCCAUGGGUGAAGAAUGAAGAUAUCACUAUCAUUGCUUCUCACAAGACAUAUUUCCUAUUCUCCUUAAUUUGAUCUCUUUUGAGUAAUUGAAUAAUUUGGAGAAGGUAAAAUGUGUGUGUAUAUAUAUAAACAAACAUAUAUGUGUGUGUGUG